CAUCGGAGUAAACAGAAAAGAUGGCGACGCCGUACACGGGAGAUCGGGGUUUAGGGACAAACGCUGUUAUUUCAGAAAGUUUCGCCAAACGGUUAACCGAUUUACCGGCGGAAUUAUUAGAGCAUAUAUUGUGCUUCCGCGUUCUAAACCAUAUCGACAUUUGCAACGUUUCCUGCACGUGCAAGAGGCUGCAUGACGUGUGCCAUGGCAGGGGAAAGGUCUGGGCGCAUCAGUACAAACUCAGGUGGCCCAGGCUGCAGAGAUUUUAUCAGCAAAAUGAGUCAUACGAUUGGCUGAAAGAAUUCAAAACCCGGCACGUGGUUGGUCAACAGAUAAGAAGAACAGUAGAGUCUAUUUCCAAGAGGUUCUUCACAGAAGUUCCUUGCGUUGGUCAGGUUCUUGGAGACAGCUUUGCGGAAAUCGAUUCUCUAGGUGCUCCAGAACACUUCUGUGAGGAUGAGCUGCUUGGCAUUUUGAACUCGGACAAAAGGAAAUGUUUGACACUUAAGUACUAUGCGAAGAAAAUCCUGUACUUCCUCCGGCAGCAGAACAUUCUGAGGAAUUUGAAGGUUUUCCUUGAGAGACCACCAGAACAACAAUCAGCCCUUGAAGGUGCUGUUUUGAUCGAUCAGUAUUGCAACCCUCUGGUUGAUAUCACUCUUGAGAGCAUAUCUGCGCAGAUAGAAGAAAUCGCUGACAAGGUGAAGAAGUAUCUACGAGUAAAAAAUGCCACACACCCAAGUCUACGAGCCAGUCAAGGUGACUGCUUUGUUCUGGAAAACCUGGAGUUUCAAAGGCAAGUCAUAUGUGCUCUGAAUGCUGUGCUGUAUGACCAGCUGCAGUACAAGGGCAAUGAGCGUGACUACUACAAUCCACUCAACUCAUACAUACAUCAGGUGCUGCUCCGUCGGACAGGCAUUCCCAUCAGCCUCUCUGUGCUUUACAUGACUCUGGCCAGGAAGUUAGGAGUUCCUCUGGAACCUGUCAACUUCCCCAACCAUUUCCUACUCCGCUGGUGCCAAAAUCAAAGGAGGAGUGAGGACAUCUACGACUAUGUAUACAUUGACACGUUUGGGAAAGGAAAGCAGCUGGCUGCUAAAGAGUGUGAGAAUCUGAUCCGACACCAGGUGGGAGCAGAUUACUACAGCGCUAUAAGCACCGGCGAGCUGCUGCUGCGGAUGGUGGGAAACCUACUUAACAUCGGCAAAAGAGGGGAAGGGAAUGAGAAAUCAUAUCAGCUCCUGCGGGACUCGCUGGAUCUCUACCUCACUAUCAACCCUGAUAAUGUGCAGUAUCUUCUGCUGCAAGCCCGUCUCUACUUCCACCUGGGCAUCUGGCCUGAGAAAGUGCUGGAUAUUCUACAGCAUAUCCAGGCUCUAGACCCGACUCAGCACGGAGCGGUCGGGUAUCUGGUGCAGCAUACACUCGAGCACAUCCAGCAUAAGAGGCACCCGGUAGAGCCGGAGGUGAAGAGACGCAGCGCGCCUGAGCACAGGGAUGUACAGUACUCUGUAGGCCUCAUCAUGAAACAUAAGAGGUCAGGCUACAACUGCGUUAUCUACGGGUGGGACCCUAAAUGCACCAUGAGUCAGGAGUGGAUUAACACUAUGAGGGUCCAUCAGCUGUCUAAGGGGGCUGAUCAGCCAUUCUACAACGUCUUAGUUCAGGAUGGGACAUGUAGAUAUGCUGCGCAAGAGAAUCUGGAGCCUCACUCCGCCCCGCUGGAGAUCGCUCACCCUGAGGUCGGCCGCUACUUCACAGAGUUCUCUGACACACACUACAUCGCUAAUGAAGAGCUCCAAGCGCGUUACCCAGAGGACAUGUGCAAGACCCACAGGACUGUAGAGGAGCUCUACCACGGUCUCAACCCCAACUCAGGGCUGUCACCGGAGCCCACCGCCAACUUCCAGGACCACGAUUUGUUAGAUCCGUAGAGAAGAAUGCCACCUCCUUGCCUCCCUCCCCACUAUAGAUGCGUAAUGUCAUUCACUUUCUCCUGAACUGUUAAGGGACUAGAGUUAAGGGACAAGUUAAAGGAAUAGUUCACCCAAAAAUGAAAAUUUGCUGAACAUUUACUC